AUGAGGCCAGCUGUUCUGGUGGCUGGUGGUAGCCCAAGGUUGGUGGUGGUGGCCCAAGGUUGCUGGUGGUGGCUGGUGGUGCCCCAAGGUGGCUGGUGGUGCCCCAAGGUGGCUGGUGGAGGCCCAAGGUGGCUGGUGGAGGCCCAAGGUGGCUGGUGGAGAACCAAGGUGGCUGAUGGAGGCCCAAGGUGGCUGGUGGUGGCCCAAGGUGGCUGGUGGUGGACCAAGGUGGCUGGUGGUGGCCCAAGGUUGCUGGUGGUGGCCCAAGGUUGCUGGUGGUGGCCCAAGGUGGCUGGUGGUGGACCAAGGUGGCUGGUGGAGGACCAAAGGUGGCUGGUGGAGGACCAAAGAUACGUCCGCUUUCUCAGAGAUUUCCUGGAGACAGCAGAGAAGCACUUCCUGGUCGACUUCAACGUGCGCUACUACGUUUUCACAGAUCGUCCUGACGAUGUUCCGUCAGUGAACCUGUCUCAGGGGAGACAUUUGAGUGUGAUCCAGGUGCCAGGUUCAAACCGCUGGCAGGAGAUAUCAGCCCGGAGGAUGGAGAUCAUCCAGACAGCCAUCGAACGUCAGAUCAGCAGGGAGGCCGACUACAUCUUCUGUCUGGACGUGGACAGCAAGUUCCACGCUCGCUGGGGAGCCGAGUCUCUGGGCAGGCUGGUUGCUGUGAUUCACCCAUGGUUCUACCAGGUGACCCGUGACCACUUCACAUACGAACGGCGUCCAGCCUCGACAGCUUACAUCCCCAUGGAUGAGGGAGAUUACUACUAUGCCGGGGCCGUGUUCGGUGGGUUGUUGGAGGAAGUGUACACACUAACAAAGGUAUGUCGGAACCAGCUUGAAGAGGAUGCGAGGAAUUCCAUCGAGGCUGCCUGGCAGGAGGAGAGUCACCUCAACAGGUACCUGCUUUACAACAAGCCCAGCAAGCUGUUGUCUCCAGAGUACCAGUGGGAUGACAAGAAGACCAAAACCAAAGAGGUCAAAGUAAUUCGCUUCUCUUCUGUCGUUAAAAACUAUGCUGAAAUUCGUCCCAAUGUAUAGGACUAGGAAUUGGAUAUUCGACCGACAGAAGAAAAACUUAAUAGAUUAUGGUUAAUGUUAGGUUAAGUUCAGGUAUAGCUUCACUGAGGUUAGGGUUAAGGUUAGGUUAGGUUAAGUUCAGGUAUAGCUUCACUGAGGUUUGGGUUAAUGUUAGGUUAAGUUCAGGUAUAGCUUCACUGAGGUUUGGGUUAAGGUUAGGUUAGGUUAAGUUCAGGUAUAGCUUCACUGAGGUUUGGGUUAAUGUUAGGUUAAGUACAGGUAUAGCUUCACUGAUGUUUGGGUUAAGGUUAGGUUAAGUUCAGGUAUAGCUUCACUGAGGUUUGGGUUAAUGUUAGGUUAAGUUCAGGUAUAGCUUCACUGAGGUUUGGGUUAAGUUUAGGGAAAGGUAUAAAAUGUCACAUUGGAUAUACAGCUGUCCGGCCCCAUUCAUUUUGUGUUGGUGAAAUAUAUACACUGACAUAAAACUACUAUUUUAAAUAUACUGUAUAUCAGUCACUGUUGUAGUUUGGGGAUAAUAACGUUCUUCAUUUAUAGGAAAUUAAAUAUGUUUUAUUACCUUAUUCAUCCUGUAUUCUGUAGCCUAUCUACUGUAUGUUGAUUACUGGUAAAAACAUCAAUAAAUAUAAUGUU